CUGCUCGUUGUUGUUGUUAUUUAAUUCGCCAACUUUGAAGUAAACGGAGGUCUCGCGCGCUGUUGCAUUUAAUUUUGAAUUUUGAAAAAUAAAAAGGAUUCGUGUGUGUGGAUUAUUAGUUUAUUGUGUGUCAGCAAGGAUUAACAAAUUAAAUACAAGCAAAAUGAUCAGUAAUAUGGAUAUGGCCGACAAUAAACCAAGCAGCAAGGUUUUGAGGCCACCAGGCGGCGGCUCAAGCGAUAUUUUUGGCGCUGAUAUGCCGGCAACUCCAAGGACUGUUAAGAAUCGCAUGAUUUCAAAUAUAUUCUCAGCCGAUAAGGAUGGCGCUAUUAAAAAUAACGUACGACAAGGAGCUCACAGAUUCUAUUUCAUUGGCGAAACACCAAGACGCGGUCAAAAGAGUGUGGACUCGCACUCUCGUCUCUUUGGCGAGCCAUCACGUCCAAUUACACCUGGCAAGAAUCACAUGAAGAGCAGCAUUCCCUUUGGGCAGAAUUCAGAGGCAGCCGCUGCACAAAAAUUGCUAACCAAUGGCAAUACCAACAGCACCACCAAUGGUCAUUAUAAUGGCAAGAGCGGUUCAGUAUCAUCGGCCUCAUCGUCGGUAUCAUCAUCGACUGAGAAUCUCAAAAUUAACAGUGGAUCCAGAUCAGUCUUCCGCAACAUGAGCACAGCGGGAGCUGAUAAAAUGAAUAAAAUGGAUGAUCCUGAUUGCGCAAGCUUGAUAUCACAAGGAAAUAGUGGUUUUGCUGAUCCUGUGGCACAAGGCGGCGAUACUGCAUCCAUUGAUAUGCCAUGCAAGAGCAAUGAUGUCGGUAGUCUCCAUGGCGAUAAUCAGUCCCAUACCGAAUCUGGCCGUUAUGGCUACUCUAGCCAAUCACGCCGUACAGCUGGCACCAGUCCCCUUAAUCCCUAUUCCCUAGAUAAGAUUAACUCGGCCUCGGCUGCCUUUAAGGAGCCAUUGGGUCCAUGCUCGGACUAUAUUAAAGAUCCACAGCAUGUGCCAUGCAUUAAGAUUCAUGCCAAGGAUGAGCAUCGCAAUCCCAUUACCGGUCUGGGCCUUAAUGGGGAUGGUGUUGGCGGUUUGAAGCCAAAGAAGAUGAAGAUUCGAGAGGGAAAUCCCGUUACUGGCGAGGGCUAUAAGUCAGGUGGCUCAGACUCGGCUCAGACCCCGACCAUGAAUGGAGCCAAUCAAGUGAUCAACAAGAAUCGUGUACCACCAGGUGGCUAUUCUUCUGGCCUUUGGUAAUAGGAAUUGCCCCUCCAAAAGGAUCAGCACAAGCGAUGCAACAAGCAAUAAGACAGAAAAACAAACAAAAAAAGAAAAAAUAACAAACAAAAACGAAAAAAAAAAAUUUAAUGUAAUUUAUACAUUUAAUAUGGAUACACAGAUUACUUUUCCCCCCCAUUUACCAGUUGGUAAUAUUCAAUCGAUCGAUCGAUAGCAAACAAGAGCUCAAGAAUUCAUUGUUUUAUCAUCAAGAAUUCCCCCCCACAAAAAAAAGAAGAAAAAACGAUGAGGAAAAACCAAAAAAAUGUUUAUAAAUUGUUCUGGAGAAAUGUUUCAAAAUAGAUGUGCGACGUUUUUACCCAAAAAAAACUGAAUUCAACUCAAUCCAACUCUACCAAAUUCGACAUAUACAAAAUUCAAAUGCCAAUAAACCAAUUAAUUGCUCAAAGAAUAUUUGGUGCACUCCAUUGGAAGGAUGGAUGGAUGGAUGAAUGGAUGGAAGGAUGGAUGGAAGUCUGAAUUUUUGGAUACGUGUUCUCUGUUUAGUUUUCAUUGUUCAAUUUUUUUGGAUGGAAGAGACCGAAGCCCAUGUCCUGGAGCAACUUUGUUUUAAUGUUCAUUGCUAUGUGCACAUACAAAUACACACUCAUAUAUACACACAAACCCCUACACACACACACACACAUCAUUUAACCAUAAAACUAAAUCCUUAAUCUAUCUACUAGGGCCACAUCAUUGUUAAAAUUAAAAUCCUGUAAUUGUACCCGGCGACAAACAAUUUGAUUUUAUGUAAAUUUCAUGUAUUUAAUAUAUACGAAUUCAUUAAUACCCUACGAAA